AGGAUGAGGGAGGGUGGUUUGUCUCAGCUCCGGUUGUCUCGGCCUCGGCUCUUUUACUGACCUGCACCGCGAGCAAAAGAGCUUUUCGGAACUGCAGCUACAGGAGACUGCUCCGGUUGCGUCCUGCGGGGUGACGGACGGGACGGCACGGGCUUCCUUUGUCCUGGCUGGGGCCCCGCGGAGAAGUUAGGUGAAGGCAGCAGUCCCGGGGUCCAGUUCACGGACUGGGACAAAGUCCUCGCCCAGAACAGAGAACGGGGCUCUCCCUGAAGCCGGGGCUGACUCUCCAGCUAUCGUUGCAGGGUCCUCUAUUUCCCUCUCCCCCGCCUCUCUCUCUCGUCCCUGCGCCCAUGACGGAUCCCCUGAUGCUCCCCCUGAGCCACGGAGUUCCGGGGCUGCAGGCUCACCGCGUGGGGGUGGCAAAUCUGCCCACCGGCCCCCAUGUAUUCCGGAGUCUACCCCCAGCUGCCGACGGCUUCCCGCACCCUUAUUCUGGGGCCGGCCUUGAGAACGGGGACCUGCGCCUCCGGGCCAGCUCAGCUGUCCAAUUGGGACCCCAGCCGUCAGGACCCGGGACCCUGAUGUACCCGGGUCAGCCCGGACCCUUCUCGGGGCCCCCGCGGCAGCCGCAGCUCACAGCCAGCCUGCAUAGGCAGAAACUCCACCCGUUCUACCAGGGCCACCCUGCCGGGUGUGCCCUGGGUCCGAGCACCCCGCGGUGCUGGCCAGGCCCUAUGGGUCCAGACCUGGCUCCCCCCGCGCUGACCUUGAGCUGCGUGGACGCCGAGCUCAUCGACGAGGAGACGCUGACUUCUCUGGAACAGGAGCUGGGGCUAGACCGCGUGCAAGAGUUGCCCGAGCUCUUCCUGGGACAGAAUGAGUUCGAUUGCCUCUGGGACUUUGGGGGCAAACAGCAGGCCGGAGCCGUGAGCUGCUGAGGGCCCCAGGACUUUGGUCUUUUUGAGGAUUUCCCUUGCCUUUUCCCUUGGCCAAUCUAGCAGGCAAUCAGGUCUAGCCUAAUUCCAGUCUCUUAUCAGUUUAUCAGCCCCUGGAUCCCUUUUGGCUAAUUUCUGGAGUAAAAAUCCAAAGGCUUGGAGGGAGGGAGUCAUGUUUGGAAAGGAGCCCCUGCCAGUAUUAAUUGUCUGUGUCCUUGGGGUUUAAAAAGGUCUGGGUUCAUGAUUUGGGAAGAGACUCCUUGGCAUUUCCGAAUGCCUGUGUGGCUCUCCAGCUUAUUUUUAUUAGAUAGGUGGUAGGAUUUGAAUCCAGACCUUCUGCCUCUUAAACUCUUUCCCACUAUACCAGACUUAUUGACUGUGGGGCGGGAGGAGAAUGACAGAUGCCUGCCUUUGUAUCCUCCCCUGCUGAGCCAUUUUAGGCCAAGGGUCUCUCCCAGAUCUUUCCUUUGCUGCUUUCCAAGACUCCCUCCCAUCUGACUGAAAGGAUAUGGAGCCCUUGGCAAGGUGGAUCCCUAUACUUAUUUUAGGGGCACUGGCAGGGUGUUCCUGGGUCACUGCCAUAGUUGGAUUUUUUCUGCAAGCCACUGGCCCUAUGCUGGGACUAUUUGGGGGAGGGGAGGUUCCCCAAUUCAUGGGUGACAGACUGGCUUAAAGUCACUGCCCUCUUUCUCUGCCUUGCAAGCCAAAAUAAAUGUUUCCUUUUGGAUUUAGA